GAGGGGGAGAGUAUUUUUAGCUGUGCUUAAAGCUGCCGGGGCGGCUGGGGGAGAUCGUGCAGGUUGCUGUGGCCGGGUGGAGUUGGACGGGAUCCCCCCCCCACUUUUUUCUUCCUCCUCCUCCUCUUCGCACAUCUGAGGGCGGCAGCGGGGCUGGCUCCCCCUUCCCGGAGGUCGCCUUUGUUUUCCUGUGUCGCUUUCCCGAGCAGCCGGGGAGGGGGGAGGCGGGAAGGGGCCGGGACCAGGCUGGGCUGGACCAGCCGCCCCUUCUCCUCCUCGCCCCGCCGGAGCCCGCGGAGUUGCUGCGGUUCUCCCGGGGUGGCACUUUCCGCGCCCCCCCCGGCCCGGGGCUGCGCAGCCGCCGCCGGACCCCCCCAUGGCACCGCCGAGAUGUUCGUGUCCCGGGUCCUGGACUUCCAGAAGACGCGCUACGCCAGGUUCAUGAAUCACCGCGUCCCGUCCAACUGCAGGUACCAGCCGACAGAGUACGAGCACGCGGCGAAUUGUGCCACCCAUGCGUUCUGGAUCCUGCCCAGCAUCCUUGGCAGCUCCAUCCUCUACAUUCUCUCUGACAACCGAUGGGAAACUAUAUCAGCCUGGAUCUAUGGCUUCGGCUUAUCCAGCCUCUUCAUUGUCUCCACUAUCUUCCACACCAUCUCCUGGAAGAAGAGGCAUCUCAGGACUGUGGAGCACUGCUUGCACAUGUUCGAUAGGAUGGUGAUCUACUUCUUCAUCGCAGCGUCAUACGCUCCCUGGCUGAACCUGCGGGAGUUGGGUCCCUGGGCCUCCCACAUGCGCUGGAUCAUCUGGAUCAUGGCAUCUAUUGGGACCAUCUACGUUUUCUUCUUCCAUGAGCGGUACAAGCUAGUGGAGCUGGUGUGCUAUGUUAUCAUGGGUUUCUUCCCUGCCUUGGUCAUCCUCUCCAUGCCCAACAGGGAUGGUCUCCCGGAGCUGGUGGCCGGUGGAUUCUUCUACUGCCUGGGCAUGGUCUUCUUCAAAAGCGAUGGCCGCAUCCCCUUUGCCCACGCCAUCUGGCACCUCUUCGUGGCCAUCGGAGCUGGCAUCCACUACUACGCCAUUUGGAGGUACCUCUACCGGCCCAGCACACUGGAGUCUAAAACACCCCGGUAGACGCCUUAAAGACAUUGUUUGCACCAAACCGGCACAUGGGGCACGGAGGGGAGCGGGGAGGCAGCCUGCUCCAGGGCCUCACCCCAAACCACCCGCUCACCCCAUGGGCAGCAGCCACCGGUGCCCUUCCCGCUGGGACAGGAGAGCCUGGAGGUUGAUUUGAAACAGAUUUAUCUUCUGUGUUUUUUUUCUUUUUAACCUCGGGAACUGCUUAUUUUUUUAGGCCAAGGUUUUGUAACACGGUGACUGGCAGGGAGUGACCACUCACCAAGGUCUUGGGGGGGCCCCACUCACCCACCUGGACCUGAACAUCCCUUGGGAGUGGGGACCUCGGCCCCACACACCCCUGGCAAGUGACACCCUGGGUUUGGCUACUGGAGCCAAUCAGGGGACUGGAGGUGUCAGGGGAGACACCAGAGCCUUUUCCCCCAGGAUGCCUGGGCAUGUGGCCGCUCCAGCUGGGUAGGGGGCUACAUUGGCACCCCCACACCCCCCGGGCUCCUAAACCGUCACAAGUCAUGUUAGCACCAACCGCCCCCAUCCUGGUGGGAAGGUCCGAUUCAACAAAGCCUUACCUGAGAUUGAAACUUGAAUGUCUUCCAGGGCUCUUCAGAGACCCCGAGCAUUGGAAAACACUUCCUCUAAGUCAGUAUUAAGUGCACAACUCAGUACAUCCCCACUAGAUGGGCCCUUGGAGCUCCCCCCGGACAUUUCCUCCCUGGAGUGGCAGCCCGGCUCCCAGGCUCUGCCAUGCACAUGCCUUCAUCUGAUGGGGACCAGGGCGGGAUCCAGGUCUGUCAUCCACCUGGCUGGGGUCGGCCUAUCCGCAUCAGGGGAUUUUCUUUGUCUUUGAGGGAGGGAAGUGGACCUCCUUGGACUGGGAUCAUAGGGCUGCCUUCCUUCUCUGCUCCCAUUUUGAUGAUGAGUUCAGUAUCAGAUUUAAAUCCACUUUUGGGAGGAAUUCUGGCAUUCCUGAGGAGAGACAGAACUGUGUGAUGCUCAGAGGUGAGCUGUGAUGGGGUAGUCCUAGUGAUGCUUGGGUUUUAAACCACCCUAACGACAGCUACACAGUGCUCUCCAAGGCAGGAUAACUGGACAUGGAGCACCUGCCCAGCCAUCACAGAAUCGCAGAAUUAUAGAAUGUCCUGAGUUGGAAGAGACACACAAGGAUCAUCGAGUCCAACUCCUGUCCUGCAUAGGACAACCCCAAAAUUCACACUGUGUGUCUGAGCACAUUUUCUGAUUGCUUCUUGAACGCUGUCAGGCUUGGUGUCCAGGAGCAGCCCUAAUGCUGAUGGAAUGGGUAAACCACACCCGGUCCUGCCCCCCAAACACGCUGGCAAAGCUGCUGGAACCAGAAGGGUCUGGUCUGUGCUGGGAGCCUGCAGAACAGUGCUGCUCUCAGCCCUGCCUGAACCUUCCCUGGGAGCCCCCGGAGGUAUCGAUUCUCCAUCAUCUCGUUGGCCUCUUGAUUAAUCACAACUGCAGCAGUCUCGGUGCGACGUGGCAAGGGAAGGAGAUUUAUGGCCACUGUCCCGCAUCUCCUGUUUCGCCAGCAGCGUGCCGAGGGGCCGAGCUCCGCGUUCUGCCCCAUCUUCCACAGAGCUUAGGGUGCCCCCCAGCCUGCAGCACCCUGGCAGAAAAUCACCAAAGAGAAUGUAUCCAGAUACUCUUCCCUUCCUGGUGGCUGUGGUCACCAGGUCAGCAAAAAAACCCAACCCUGUAAGUUUUUACUUCCACAGGCAGAUGGUUCCUAUAAGGAUCCAUGGGGCUGCUGGGGGGUCUCUGCCCCAGGCAUCCCAAAGCAGCCUUUGGGCUGCGACACCUCUUGGGUGACGGGUGGUUUUAGGGAUGGAGGGAAUGACCCGAAGUGAGCCCGGUCUCUGCUGCUGCCUCUUCCAGGCCCCCAGGUCCCAGCCCUUGCUCCAUCACCUACCGCAGCCGGAGGGGAGGAGAAGGAUGAGCUGAGAGUAACCAGCAGUUGGUAGAGCACGUUUGGGGUUGGAAUAGCAAGAUAUGGGGUCCUAGACCAGGACCUGCAAUUUUUUCUGUCUGGCAAGUCAUUACCCUUCUCUGUGCCUCAGUUUCCUCAUCUGUAAAAUGGGGGUGAAGACACCGACCUACCUCACAGGGCUCAUGUGAGGACCCCGUGGAGCACUUGGGAGCUGACUGGUGCUUUACAGACGCACUGCGAUUUCCACCGAGUCUGAGGCACUGGAUUCCCAAAGCCACCACGGGGACGGUGACAACUGCAGCUCAGCGUGCCCAGGUCUCCUCCUCCUCUGUCACUAAAUCCCACAGUGUAAUCACCCUGGGGACAGACCGUGCACACAGGGAAAUGUCCCCUGGCAGGGGCUGAGGAUGUCCAGGGACCACUGUCACAUUUUGUCCGCAGGCUUCAUCCCAAGGGCUUUAUCUCAGAAGCCAUUUCGCCACUGGGGGCUUAUGGCCCUAAAUCCAGCCCAGGGGCUCUCAAGAUACAGGGAAGUGCCAGAAAGACCAUUCCAAGGCCGCUUGGUCUCAGCCUUCUGCUGAAAACCAAGGGCAGGGCAGAUGCUGGGGUGGGGAUGGGUGGCCAGGCUCCACUGGGGACAUCACCACCCUGCCUUGAGCCCAGAUUUGCCAAGUAGGUUUCUCCGUAUUUGAGAAGUCCCCCUCUUCUCUUGCUUCCUCAGUCCUUCCCUUGCAAAGCAAGGUGGGGGGCACAGAACAGGUUAUUGGAUUGUCCUCCUAUUUUAUGCUAAUUUUAAAUGACUCAUAACAUUCAGGAUGUCUGGAGGAGGGUUUGAGGGAUUUUUUAGCAUCUCACGUUUUUCACUGUCCAUUCUUGUUCAAUCAGUAUUUUAUAUUUAACACAGUAUUUGCUCAAAUUAAAAACAAAUGUAAGGAAAAUAACUCUAGCAAAUAUUGUUUCCUGUGGAGUAGGAUUGAAAUAAAAACUCAAGAUACCUCA